UGACAGGAGGGGUGCUACAGACCGGACAGACAGACAGACCAUCACACGGGUGCAGUUUUUGAAAGUAAAAGUUAACAAUGCGGUAAAAUUACAAACAACAAGCCGUCAGGAUGAACACUGCGCAGAGAGUUGGACUGUGAUUCAGCGGAAAUUCAAAAGUUGGAUUCAAAACUUAGGCUCCCUGUGAAUGAGAAGAAUCCACCAUGGUGCAGGAAUACCAGUCUCCUGUUCGGGUCUACAAACACCCAUUUGAGUUAAUAAUGGCGGCCUACACGAGGAGGUUCCCAAAGUGCCCCCUGAUCCCCGUGUUUGUGGACAGCGAGAUCAUCAACGAGAGCCAAAGCAAAGAUGGAUCUACGCUGGUGACUGAGAGGCGCUGUGUCAUCGACAUCGAGGCCCCGCGGCUGCUAAAGAGGAUUGCGGGCGUGGACUACCUGUACUUCAUCCAGAAGAACACCCUGAAUCGCAGAGACAGGACGCUCCACAUCGAGGUUCAAAACGAGACUUUCUCCAACAGAGUCAUCGUCCGAGAGUGCUGCAACUACACGGUUCAUCCAGAAAAUGAGGACUGGACGUGCUUUGAACAAACAGCCAGUCUGGAUAUUAAGUCCUUCUUUGGCUUUGAGAGCACAGCAGAGAAGAUCGCCAUGAAACAGUACGCCAGCAGCAUUAAAAAGGGUAAAGAAAUAAUCGAGUACUACCUCAGACAGCUGGAGGAAGAAGGAGUUACAUACAUCCCUCCUUGGACCCCUCCUGUUGUCACUGGCCGUGUCUCUACCCGGCUGCAGCUGCACCCCCCCUCCACAGCCAGACCCAUCCCAGUGAGGGGAGCUAAUAACGGAGCAGACAGCAAAGACCCGACUGGCCCCUCAGAGCUGCUGGCCGGCUCUCCUGAAGACAAGUUGGAUGCAGAUUACAUCAGACGUUACCUUGGAGAUCUAACGCUUAUGCAGGAGAGCUGCCUCAUUCGACUGCGCCAGUGGCUCCAAGAAAACCACAAGGGCAAGAUCCCCAAAGAUCAGCACGUGCUGCGCUUCCUGCGGGCCAGAGAUUUCAACCUGGACAAGUCCAGAGAGCUGCUGUGUCAGUCGCUCACCUGGAGGAAGCAGCACCAGGUAGAUUUCCUGUUAGACACAUGGGAGCGCCCCCAACUGAUGCAGGACUACUACACGGGAGGCUGGCACCACCACGACAGAGACGGCCGUCCUCUCUAUGUUUUGCGUCUGGGUCAAAUGGACACAAAAGGCUUGGUGCGAGCUCUGGGAGAGGAGGUUCUACUGAGACAGGUGCUGUCCCUCAACGAGGAGGGUCUGAGACGCUGUGAAGAAAACACCAGAGUCUUCGGUCGACCCAUCAGCUGCUGGACUUGCUUGGUGGACCUGGAGGGAUUAAACAUGCGGCACCUGUGGAGACCAGGUGUUAAAGCUCUGCUGAGAAUCAUCGAGGUGGCCGAGGCGAACUACCCCGAGACGCUGGGCCGCCUCCUCAUCCUCAGGGCUCCCCGAGUGUUUCCAGUGCUCUGGACCCUGGUCAGCCCUCUGAUCGAUGAGAACACCCGGAAGAAGUUUCUUGUUUACGCUGGGAAUGACUACCAGGGUCCAGGAGGGCUGGUGGACUACAUCGACAGAGAAAUCAUCCCGGAGUUCUUAGGAGGGGACUGCAUGUGUGAUAUUCCUGAAGGAGGUUUGGUCCCUAAAUCUCUGUACAGGACAGCAGAGGAGCUGGAGAGUGAAGAGAACCGCCUGUUGAUCGACUCCGUCUACAAGAGUGCCAGUAUUUUCAAAGGAGCCCCGUAUGAGAUGUUGAUCGAGAUCUCAGAGGCCUCCUCCGUCAUCACCUGGGACUUCGACGUGUCCAAAGGAGACGUUAUCUUCAACAUUUAUCACUCCAAGAGGGCGCCGCAGCCUCCUAAAAGAGACACUCUGGGAACUCAUGGCAUCCCGUCUUUAGGGCCUGUUAACGCCCAGCUGAUCGACAGGAGCUGGGUGCUGGGCCAGGACUACAGCAUGGUGGAGAAGGCCCUCGUCUGCAGGGAGGGAGAGAGUGUUCAGGGUUCCCAUGUGACACGCUGGCCCGGCUUCUUCAUCCUCCAGUGGCGCUUCCACAGCUCGCCGGCCUGCUCCACUUCCAGCCUGCCCCGUGUGGACGAUGUGCUGGCUUCGCUGCAGGUCUCUUCCCACAAGUGUAAGAUCAUGUACUACACAGAGGUGCUGGCUUCCAGUGACUUCAGGGGAUCCAUGACGAGUCUGGAGUCCAGUCAUAGUGGUUUCUCACAGCUAAGUGCUGCAACCACUUCCUCUAGCCAAUCACAAGCCAGCUCCGUCAUCUCGAGGUAGUGACUGUCGAGCAUACGGACGUACCUACAGUUAUCUUACUGCCACUGUGCCUUCAAAAUAACACUUGUUACUCGUACACUUAAAUUAAAGGAGGUGAGGAUGUGUUGAUAGAUUUCUAUAUCAUUGUUUGUGUUGAAAAGUUUUGUUGAUCUCUUUCCAGAGAAAAAGUAUGUGUGUGUAAAGUAUCAAUUUCCUGUGCGUAUUUAAUGACUGACUAACUUGUUUUUAUUUAAUCAGUAGCAGCAUACAGUUGCACUGAUGUAAUACACAGUUAACAUGUUGUAAUCAGAUUUUUAAUUACAAUAGAUUUGUGAUCAUGACUGCUUGAUGAGUAUCUGCUGGAUCAGUAAAUGCAGAAGGAGAUGUUUUAAACACUAAAGAUUAAAUAACUCAGAGAAAAACGGUACAAGUAUCCGUAGUGUCUGUCCUUGACGUUUCUUUCAUUGUCCACAAGAGGGCAGUAUAGACCCACACUGAUUGAAAACAGCUCUGAGCUCAGCAGUAUACUUGAUCAAUGAGAGGUGUGUUUCACUCACUGUGGGAGAAAUCAAAUGAAGAAUGGUUUGAAUAAUAAAUAUUUCACUAACAUGAA